AACAUAAUAUAAUAUAAUGUCUAAUUUUCUUUACGUUAUAUGUACAUAUAUAUACACACAUAUAUUUUAUGUUUCAUACCCGACACAUCUUUUGACUCGACGUCAUCUCCGUCUUUUUUUGCCGUAAUCGAUUUGUUAAUUUUAUCAUUUUCAUGUUUUUCCUUAUUAUCAGUCAUCUUCUUCGAUUCUUUCAUAUAUUUUUCAAUUUCAUUUUCAUCUGAAAAUAUCGGCGAAAUAUUUUCACCAUUUGGUUCUUUUUCUGGCUGAUCUUCUAUAUUUAUAAAGCCCUUCGAUUUUUUAACAAGCUGACGUUUACUUCGUUGUGCGGUAUCAUGAGUUUCUAUAUCUUCAUAAUUUCUUUCAUAAUCCGUCAAAUCUACGAAACCUUUUUUCUCGGUUAUUAUAGGAUGUGUGUAAUUUACAUCGAUAUUGUAAUUAACAUUUUCAAUUUGUUCAUUAUUAAAAUCAGAAAUAUCAUUUUUUGCAUUAUCAAAUUUAGAAACUUCUUGUUUCUUGACAACUUUUUUUUCUUUCUCUGCCAUCUUAUUUUUAAGAAAUAAAAAAUGAUAUUUGCGUAACUUCAUAUUAAAUGUAAAUUGUUUUGUCAAUGUUAUCUACAGAUUUCUUUUUAUCUACUGCCGAUUAUAAACAGUACAUGAGAUUGUAAAUGUAAAUUAUGUAUACAAAAUAAGAAACAUGUGUAUCAUGUAAUAUAUAUACAAUGAUUAUAAAUUAGUCAACAAAAAAAAUUUGUGAACAAAAAAGAAAUCGACGAGGAUGGGAUUCGAACCCACGCGUGCAGAGCACAUUGGAUUAGCAGUCCAACGCCUUAACCACUCGGCCACCUCGUCACACGAGAAUAACCUUCCUAAAUAUUUAUAAUAAAUAAAAAUUCUUAAUAAUUGUUUUGAAAAUUUAAUAAAAACAUUUGUAGAAGUUCAAAUGAUGUAAAUAUUUGCUUAAAUGUAUAUGAUUCCGUCUUACAUAAAAAAAUUACACACUAAUGAAAAUAACAAUUCACAGUAUAUUCAUAUAUUUAAAUAAAAUUGGAAAUAAAAAUUACACAUAGCAUACAGUAUAAUUUAAAUAUAUAUGUAAUCAUGACUUCAUUAUCGGUCAUAAGUAUGUAUGUAUAAUUUGUAUAAAAUUUAUAUGUGUGUGUUUAGAUUGUUAUUACGAUCGUUGUGCAAGCAAUAUUUAAAUACGUCAUAACAAAUAAAUUUACUCAAGAAACUUUAAAAUAUUUUCAAUAUUUAUCAUAAGUAAUGCGUAGAAUAUUAUCACUUAACUUUGUAUCUUAUUAUUUCCAUAAUAAUCUAUUCAAUAAGUAGUCAAGAUAGUAACCAAUGGACGCAAUCAUGUUAAGUAAUCGUUUUCCAUCUUUAUUUGUUACAACAUGCAAUGCACAUAGUUGAGUACAGUCGUAACAACGUAAGAAGUUUAAGUGGUACUUCAAAGAAAUUGAAGAAUGCAAGAGACGUCAAAAAAAAUGUUGACAUACACUUCUGUUUACGACAAGAGAAUUGCUGCAAAUAUUGGAAACGAAUUUUCUAGACUUCAAGGACAAUGUUAUUUGGAUCAUGCUGGUGCUACACUUUAUUCCAACACACAAAUCAAAAAUGUAAGCGAUGAUUUAUGUAACUCCCUUUAUGGUAAUCCACAUUCCAUUGGCCUUGCAGGUGGUAUUACUCAUGAUAACGUUGAACAAAUAAGACAUAGAAUAUUGAGUCAUUUUCACACAUCAUCAGAAGAAUACAGUGUUAUUUUUACAUCAGGAGCAACACAAUCUUUAAAAAUUAUCGCUGAAACAUUUCGCUUUACGAAUAAUAAAAAUAAUGAUCUUCAUUUUCAAUCUACAGGACAUUUUAUUUAUAUGCAAGACAAUCAUACUUCAGUUCUUGGAAUGAGAGAGAUUGUCUCUCAAAAAAAGGUUAAAAUAACUUGUCUUAGUCAUAAACAUGCAUUUCAAGUAUUAGAACAACCAGUAAAUUCUUCGAAUAAUAAUGUAGCAAGUGACAAUAAUUCUCUUUUUGUUUAUCCUGCCCAAUGUAAUUUUUCUGGCGCAAAAUAUCCACUCAAGUGGAUUCAAAAUGUACACAAUAAUGUGCUUUCCAGCGUCACUGGUCAAUUAAAUACAAAGUGCUACGUUCUCCUGGAUGCAGCAGGUUUUGUACCAACAAAUGAUUUAAAUUUAUCUAUAUUUAAACCAGAUUUUGUGUGUAUAUCUUUUUAUAAGAUGUUUGGAUAUCCAACUGGUAUUGGUGCCUUAAUAGUAAAGAAUUCUAGUGCAGAUGUUCUUGAUAAAGUCUAUUAUGGAGGAGGCACUGUAAAUGUUUCUCUCAGUUCUGAAAUGUUUCAUGUGAAGCGUCAAAACUUAUAUCAAAGAUUCGAAGAUGGAACCAUACCAUUUUUAUCUAUAAUAUCACUACAAUAUGGAUUAGAUAUAUUUUUAAAAAUUAGUAUAAAGCAAAUAUCAAGUCAUGUAUUCGCACUUGCUAAAUAUUUGCAUCACACUCUAUUAAGAUUGCAUCAUUAUAAUGGUGCACCUGUUGUAAAAAUUUAUUCAGACAAUGACUAUGAAGAUCCUAACUUACAAGGAGGAAUUGUUACAUUUAAUAUUCUUAGAUCCAAUGGCGAAUAUGUUGGAUAUAUGGAAGUUGCACAUAUGGCUGCACUUUUUAAAAUACAUCUCAGAACUGGUUGUUUCUGUAAUCCUGGUGCAUGCCAAAGACAUCUAUCCCUUAAAAAUGAGGAAAUUUUACAAAAUUAUGAUGCAGGCUAUGUAUGUGGUGGUGCUGCAGACAUAAUAAAUGGUAAACCAACUGGUGCUAUACGAAUUUCAUUUGGAUAUAUGUCUGUGAUCGAAGAUGUUGAGACUUUAUUACAAAUGAUAACUAAAUGCUUUUUGAGCAAAUCAGAAACAAAUUUAAGCAUAUCAGAAGUACAUAAAUUAAAUCAUGUUGAGACUAAUAAUAAGAAAUAUGUUAUAAAUGAUAAAGAUAAUACAAAAGAAUUUGAGGAUAAGGCAUGGUAUUCAUCAUUUUUAUAUGGUGCAAAAUAUUUAAAAAAUACUAAUAACUUAAGAAGUAAUAUUACUCUAAAACGAUUGUUUAUAUAUCCUAUAAAAUCAUGUGGAGCAUUUGAAAUAACUACUUCUUGGACUUUGAAUGAGAAAGGUUUAGAAUAUGAUAGAGAAUGGAUGAUAAUGACAUCAAAUGGAAUUUGUUUGACUCAAAAGCAACAAACUAAUCUUUGUUUAAUUAAACCAUUUAUAUCCAAAGAAACGCAAGUCAUAAGAUUAACAUAUCCAGGAAUGCCAUUAGUAGAAGUACCUUUGAAGUAUUCUGAAGAUUAUGUAAAUGGUACAAUAUGCCAAAGUAGAGUUUGCGGACAAAAAGUUCAAGGCAUUGAUUGUGGAAAAGAUGUGUCUGAGUGGUUGAGCUUAGCUAUUGGUCAUCCAAACUUAAAACUUGUUAGGCAAAUUAAUCAUGAAAUCAAAGACAAACCAAAGCAAGGAUCACAUAAUCCAAAACUAUCCUUUUCGAGUCAAGCUCAAUAUCUAUUAUUGAAUGAAGAAAGUAUAUCAUGGUUAUGUAGUAGAAUUGUUAAUGCAGAAGAUUUUAACAAAGAUACGGUAUUACAUAGAUUUAGGGGAAACAUUGUUUUAAGUGGCUGCAAAGCUUUUGAAGAACUUUCAUGGAAAUUAAUACGAAUAGGCAAAACUGAAUUCCAGGUAAAUGGAUCUUGCACAAGAUGUCAAAUGAUAUGCAUUGAUCAAACCACAGGCAUAAAAACGGUAGAACCAUUACGUACAUUAGCAGAGGAAUUUCAUGGAAAAUUAAAAUUUGGCAUAUAUCUUACAAGAUUAACAACAAAAGAAGAAAUAUUAAAUAUUGGAGAUACAGUGUACUUUGAUUGAUAUGAAAUAGUAUAUGUAUAUAUAUAUAUAUAUAUAUAAAAUUUAUAUUCACAUAAAUUUUAUACUCUACCUGGAAUUUUUUAACUAGAAUAUUAUGAUAUUGUACAUUCUAUAGGUUGUUGUUUUGUAACUUUUUUUACAGGUUCACCAUUUGAUACAUCUUUGAUAGUUUCACAUACUGCUUCGUAGUCAGGAAAUGCUAGUGUUUGUAGUUUUGAAUAAACUAAUUCAUCAUUAAUUUUAAUUUCAAAGGAUCCUGCAAAAAAAUAACAAAUUUGUAUUUAUUUUUAAUAUAUAAAAUUUUAU